AUGACCUCGCCUCAGAAGAUCAAGACCCCGCUCACUGAGCAGUUUGGCAUCACCCACCCCAUCAUCCUCGCCGGCAUGAACGUCGCCGCUGGACCCUCGCUCGCUGCUGCCGUCACCAACGGAGGCGGCCUUGGCGUCAUUGGAGGUGUCGGAUACACGCCCAAGUUCCUCAAGCAGCAGAUUGAGGAGCUCAAGGCCGAGCUCAAGGACAAGAACGCUCCCUUUGGCGUCGACCUUCUCCUGCCCAAGGUCGGCGACGGCGCUCGCAAGACCAACACCGACUACACCCAGGGCCAGCUGCCCCAGCUGAUCGACAUCAUCAUUGAGAGCGGCGCCAAGCUCUUUGUCUCGGCCGUCGGCGUGCCCCCCGUUGAUGUCGUCAAGAAGCUGCACAACGCCGGCAUCGUCGUCGCUGGCAUCAUUGGCCACCCCAAGCACGUGGGCAAGGUGCUCGACGCCGGCGUCGACAUGAUCAUCUACCAGGGCGGCGAGGGCGGCGGCCACACGGGCGACGUCCCGCUUUCGGUUCUGGCCCCGACCGUCGUCGACCUGACGCGCGGCCGCAAGUCGCCGCUGACGGGCAAGCCCAUCAUCACGGUGGCUGCCGGCGGCAUUUUCAACGGACGCGGCCUCGCUUCUGCGCUGUGCUACGGCAGCGACGGCGUGUGGGUGGGCACGCGCUUCGUUGCGUCGGUCGAGUCGGGCGCGCCCAAGGCGCACAAGGAGGCGGUGCUCAAGUCGACGCACGAGACCGACGUGCGGACCAUCAUCUUUACCGGUCGCCCGCUGCGCGUGUUUAAGACGCCGUACAUCAUGGAGUGGGAGUCGAAGCCCGACGAGAUCAAGAAGCUGACGGACCAGGGCAUCAUCCCCGUCUACCACGACCUGGACAACGACGACGAGGAGGGCACCAAGGAGGCGGGCGCCAGCAAGCGCUUCCUGCUGGGCAAGUGCGCCUCGGUCAUCAACGACAUCAAGCCGGCGCGUGAGAUUAUCGACGACAUGGUCAACGAGGCCUCGGCCGUGCUCCGCAACGGCAGCCAGCUCCUCGUCGGCCAGGGCGCCCGCCUCUGA